AUGGCGUUUAGAGGGAAAGAGAUGAUGAAGAAGCUUGUGAAGAAAGUUGGAGCGGAGACUCUGACGCCGGAGCUGAAAGAGAAGCUCAAAGCUUGUGUUCCUGAUUCCAAAGUCGUCAUGGGAAGAGCCAAACGCGGUCUCUACGCCGGUCGCCAUAUUCACGAUGAGCUCAUAUGUGUUUCUGAAGGGUUUGUUAACUUUGUUGAUCCUGAGUACAGGUCAAGAAGAUGUUGGAAGCCGAAUGUCCAAGAGAAGCGAUUGUUCAGUUACAUAUUCGACCGUCAUAUUAAAGUCAAAGUGACAAUGCACGCUCUCCGCUGCAUCGACAAGGCAGGAGGAAUAGACGAGUACCUGCUCAAAACACCGUACCAAAAGAUGGAUACAGAGAUGGGUCUAUUCUGGAAAACCAAAGUGGAGCAAAGAUAUGCAGAGCUAGGUCAAAUGGAAGUAGCUUUCUUCACUCCAGAGGACGAAGCCAAAUUUGAACAAGGAUUCAAAGACUUGAAGAUAGCUAAGAAAGAUGCUCGUAGAGAAGCUAGAAGAAAAAUGUAUGGAAAGAAAGACGGAGAUGAGGAAGGAGAAGCUUCUCUUGAAGGUGGAGGAGGGUCAGAGACACACCAAGAUGAUCAUGGAUGGUUAGAAGCUAAUGCUUAA